UGACACAAAACUCACAACUAAAGACAGAAGAUCUAACUUCUAUAACGUCAAACGCUGAGCUGCUGAAGCCAAACCUCCUUGUUGUAGCUAUGGCUGCUGCCAGCUGUCUGCUGUCUGAAGACCAGUUCCUGUGUCCCAUCUGUAUGGAUGUGUUCACUAAUCCUGUCACCAUACCAUGUGGACACAACUUCUGCAAAAACUGCGUCACUACACACUUUGACAUCACCACUCCAUGGAAGUGUCCUUUGUGUCAAGAGGUUUUCCUCCAAAGACCUGAGCUUCGAGUCAAUACCUUCAUCUCAGAGAUGGUGGUUCAGUUCAGAGAAGAAGCACAGCAGAUGAUGAGCAGCAGCUCCGAGCAACAAGCUGCCAAACCAGGAGAUGUCCUCUGCAACUUCUGUACAGGAACUAAUAGAAAGGCUUUAAAAUCCUGCCUAGUGUGUCUGGCGUCUUAUUGUGAGACUCACUUGGAGCAUCAUCUGACAGUUUCAGCCCUAAAAACUCAUCCACUGAUCAACCCCACGGAGAACCUGGAAGACAAGAUAUGCACAGAACAUAAGAAGCCUUAUGAGUUUUUCUGUAAAACUGACAAAGCAUGUGUCUGCAUACUCUGUACCUAUUCAGACCACAAAACUCAUGAAAUCAUUCCUCUGACAGAAAAAUAUGAAGAAAAUAAUGUGCAACUAGGCACAGAAGAGGCUAAAAUUCAGCAGAUGAUCAAGGAGAGACAACUGAAAGUUCAGGAGAUCCAACACUCAGUGGAGCUCAGCAAAGACAGUGCACAGAGAAACAUAACAAAAAGUGUUGAGGUCUUCACUGCUCUGACGGAGUCUGUUCAGAGGAACCUGGACAAAGUCAUUGAGGACAUCGAAGACAAACAGACAACCACAGAGAAACAGGCUGAAGACUUCAUCAAAGAGUUGAAACGGGAAAUCUCUGAGCUGGAGAAGAGAAGCACUGAGGUGGAGCUGCUCUCACAUGCUGUUACCGAUCUCCACCUCUUUCAUAGCCUCCCGUUCCUAAAAGACACUUCACCUCUCAAAGACUGGACAGAAAUCAGCCUCCAACCACCAACUUAUGAAAUAUCAGUGGUGACAACUGCAAUUCAACUUCAGGAAGAACUCAGUCAAGAGAUAUCUGCACUGGCUAAAGCUGAGCUGGAGAUAGUCCAGCAGUUUGCGGUGGAUGUGACUCUGGAUCCUGAUACAGCACAUCCUCACAUCACCCUGUCUGAUGAUGAAAAGCAAGCGAUGCCCAGUGAUGUAAAGAAGGCUCUGCAAGACAACCCAGAGAGGUUUUCAGUUAAUCCAUGUGUCUUAGGGAAGCAGAGUUUCUCUUCAGGCAGGUUUUACUUUGAGGUUCAGGUCAAAGGAAAGACAGAGUGGGAUUUGGGAGUGGUCAGAGAGUCCAUCGACAGGAAGGCAGACGUUCCGCUGAGCCCAGAGGAUGGAUACUGGACCAUUUGGCUGAGGAAACGAAACAGGUUUAGAGCCCUGGAUGAAACGCCUGUCAACCUCCCCCUGAAGUGUCGUCCUCAGAAGGUGGGGGUGUUUGUCGAUUAUGAGGAGGGUCUCGUCUCCUUUUAUGACGUGGGUUCUUCAGCUCUCAUCUACUCCUUCAUCGGCUGCCGCUUCAAUGAUAAACUCCUCCCAUACUUCAACCCAGGUCUGAGUGAUGGAGGUAAAAACGCUGCCCCUCUUAUCAUCACCUCUGUCAGACACAACAUGUAGACCAAACCUUCUACUUUCUACUCACUCCAGGUGUAUGUUUACUAAUUUCUUACCAUUGUGGACAUCAACUUCUCUUUACUUGAGAUCAGGGUUUUUUGUAUAGAUACCUGGAAUCAGGUCUGUGGUUUACACAAUAGUAAAUUGCUAUAAUCAAAUAUUUAUUUAACUCACAAACUUAAAAAGAUUUUUGAUAAUGUUGGAAAAGGAGUGCCUCCUGGGAAAAGUUGGACUACCUUUAAGUUUACACAAGCUAAUGUAAUGUCAGAAUUUAUUUACAUUUAUAGUUGCAUUCGUUUUUGUCCAGAUCUUCUGUUGGUGAUAUUGUAGAAUUGGAUGCUGUGUAAAGUCUUCUCCAUCAAACCCAUAUAGAUUGUCCAUGAGGUUUAGGUGUAGACUCUGUGGUGUCCAAUCAUAUGUAAAUGAUAUCUCCUGCUCCAGAACUGCUCUUCGACAGUCUGAUCCUGAUG